CCCACAAAAAGAAAAUGGCAGCAGCAGUUUCAACACCCUUCUCCAUUCCUAUGCUGAUGAUAUUAUUCAUCACACUGGUUUAUCAAGCUUAUGCUCAAAUCCCACAACCUACGGAUCGUGAAACAACAUACGUCUUCUACCUGCAAGACAUAACAAGAGGGCCGAAUGCCACAGUUGCAGCAGUGGCGGGCAUCAAGGGAAGGAAUUGGAACUUCAACACAUUUGGAAGCGUGUUUGUGGUGGAUGAUCCAGUGACGGUGGACCCAAGCCCAGCGUCUACGUUGGUGGGCCGGGCCCAAGGUUUGCUGGUGGUUUCGUCUCGUGAUGGAGCUUAUGUGAAUGUGGUGCUUUCAAUUGUGUUCAGCAGUUGGCAGUUGAAUGGUAGCAGCUUGGAGCUGCAAGGCAUUAAUCGGCAGAAUGAUAAUGUUAGAACGGUGUCUGUUGUGGCUGGCACUGGUCAAUUUCGUUUUGCCAGAGGCUAUGCUACAUUGCAAACUGUGGCUUAUGAUCCUGCGACUGCACGCUCCACCGUUCGCUUCACCAUAACCUUACGUACUUGACAAAACUAUGUAUUACUUUUUCUUUCAUUCUAAAUAAUAU